AGAGGACACCGAGCAACCAGGUCGUUUUUUUUGAAGGAAACCCGCUCGAUAAAAUCCCAAUGUGGGCCAAUCCUUUACCAGCCUCCUUGGAGAUGUUGUGAGGGAGCGACGCCGAGCCGUAGCCCCGCUAGCCAAAGCGGAUUGCGUUGAAGAAAGAAAGGACUGUCCCUUUCAUUGACAGUUGGGGUCUGCAGGAAGGAGGAAAACAUGAAGUUCGCUCAGUUUUUGCUGAAAAACGGCUCCGUCGUUGGAAUACCCAAACAAGUGGAGAGGUUUUCCAAGUUCUCCCCUUCUCCUUUAUCUAUGAAGCAGUUCAUUGACUUCGGCUCUGCUGAUGCAUGUGAGAAGACAUCCUUUGUGUUCUUGCGGCAGGAGCUUCCUGUUAGGUUGGCCAACAUCAUGAAAGAAAUAGAUUUCCUCCCUGACAAGCUCCUCAGCACUCCAUCCCUAAAGCUCCUCACCAGCUGGUAUUCACAGAGUUUGUUGGAGCUUGUAGAGUUUCUGGAAUAUGACCCAGACGAUAAAGACGUGCUAACAAACUUUACAAAGACCCUAGUGAACAUCCGGAACCGACACAACAACGUUGUGCCCACCAUGGCCCAGGGGGUGGUGGAGUACAAGGAAGCGUUUGGCGUGGACCCCGUCACCAACCAGAACGUUCAGUACUUCCUGGACCGUUUCUACAUGAGCCGCAUCUCCACGCGCAUGCUCAUGAACCAGCACACAUUAAUCUUUGACGGUAGCGUAAACCCAGCCCAUCCCAAGCACAUUGGCAGCAUUGACCCCAGCUGUGAUGUUGUGGAGGUAGUAAAAGAUGCCUACGAGACUUCAAAGAUGCUGUGUGAGCAGUAUUACCUGACCUCCCCUGAUAUGGAGAUCACGGAAUUCAACUCCAAAACCCCCGGCCAGCCUCUCCACAUCGUGUACGUGCCGUCCCAUCUCUACCACAUGCUGUUUGAGCUCUUCAAGAAUGCCAUGCGAGCUACGGUCGAGACCCACGAGACGAGCCCCACGUUGCCCUCGGUCAAAGUUCGCGUCUCCCUGGGCAGCGAGGACCUGACUAUCAAGAUGUCUGACCGAGGAGGGGGAGUCCCCCUGAGGAAGAUUGAGCGUCUCUUCAGCUACAUGUACUCCACGGCUCCCAGUCCCGUCCACGUAGACAACUCCCGCAACGCACCUCUGGCUGGUUUUGGCUACGGCUUGCCCAUCUCCCGCCUGUAUGCCAAGUACUUCCAAGGAGACCUGCAGCUGUACUCCAUGGAGGGCUACGGCACCUCAGCCGUCAUAUACUUAAAGGCCCUGUCCUCGGAGUCCGUAGAGAGACUUCCUGUUUUCAACAAGUCGGCCCUCCGGCACUAUCAGUCCAGCAUCGAGGCUGAUGACUGGUGCAUGCCCAGCAAGGAUCCAAAGAAGCUGGGCAAGCACGAAGGCACCCGGUGAUGGCGGACCGAGGGAGGAAGACGAGGACUCUCAAAACUAGUUUGAAUAACACAGUUAAGCUGAAGAUUGGUGCGUGUCGGAGGAAAAAAAAAAGUAUAAACUUGUACUGUAAGUGGGAGAAGGCCACUGGCGUGGUUCACACAAUCUGGAUCCUCUCUCACACAAAAGAGAAACUUACAUGAAGAAGCCUGUUUCAAGAUAAACACACGGCAAUAACUAACCUAAGGCAUUACUUCCUGCCUCCAGAUAAUUUAACUCCACAGAAGCUCACCACAUUUCACUGUCAUACUACAUGACUACAUGCUGCUAAUGGAAAUGGAACAAGUAUUAAUCUCAUUUGCCUCGUUCAUUACACUCAGAAACAAGCGUGCUGAUGUAUUCUGCUUUUGUCCGUUUUUUUCUUUUUGUUUCGUUUUUUUUGUGCUUUUCAGGUGUAUCAGUUCAGCGAUUUUAAAUAUGUUUCCGAACAAAGUUGUGAUUUGCUUUAGGUUAUAUCUUAGAGGAGUCCCGGCCGAGCCUAGCAGGCUUAUUGUUGUAAAUCAAGUUAAACGCCCUGGGUGCAUGUUCAAAGACAAAAACACAAAAAGGGAGCAAAGUCGUUCAGCUGCAACAUGCAGCACUGCUUCUGUAAUUUACUUUCAUUUCUUAUACAGCAACUCCAACCAUUUAUUUUAGUGUUGAUAUAUAUAGUAUUUAAUAAUAUGGAAUCAGUUCUUACAUUUUUAGUGUUUUUUUUUUUGUUUUUUUUUAAGUGUAAACAGGCUGUGAUCCCUGUGUUAGAGGGAGCAAAGAAAGAAAGAAAGAAUUUAUCCUGAGGGAAACUGCCUUGGCAGUGAGCUAUGAACCUAUGCAAGCUGAAGCGAUUUUUAAUUUUGGUGAAAUUUUAAUCAAAACCACUGUCAACUUAACCUUCCCAGUAAUUUUACUUUUCUGUUAAAAGUGCUGUGAGGAUAAUUGUGAGGAACUAAAAUUCACUAUUUUCAAACCUCUGUGUCAGUGUUUGUUCGGGAUCAUUACACAAUCCAUCUCAGCAUGUCGCCGUUCAUUAAAUAAUAACCCCGCGACGCAAUAGUUACGCAACGAGACGCGUUUUGUGUUUUUAUGCGACUUAAUUGGUCUGAAUGGCUUUGUGAAGUGUUGAAUUGUGCGCUGCAGACGUCUGUGCCGUAGCUCUGUGUUGAAUGUUGCCGUCAUAUUAUCUGUGUUAUCCGGAUGCUCACGUAACGCUGUAUACAGGCUGUAUUGAUCCGACGCACGUGGUUCCGUAAGCUAGAAUUUCACACACCAGUAAUACUGUAGUACUGAUUUCAAGCCUUUCUAAUGACAUUGUGAACUUAAUAUUGAUUCAUGUAAAAGGAUUUUCUUUUCAUGUUCUUUUUUCGGGACUUGCCCCUGAUGUGUUUCCUUCACGUUGUACUCCAUGAAUGUCACCCAAAGGCCAAGUGUUACUGUAGUUUGUGGUUCACCACUAAAAGGACCAGUGAAUGUAGAAAAUAAAAGUCUCUCAGCUCUU